GCCAACUCGAAUUCACACAACCCAUAUUAUUGACCAUGACUAUCUUCGUUAGGUUUCCAUUGACCGAUUCAAUGAAAUACCAACAUAUAUGGGCAUGCGUAAUGUUGUAAACCUUGAAGGAUUUCUUUUAAGUGGAGGAAAAGAGAACAAUGAGGAAGCAUUUGAAGGUGAUAAUGCUGGGGUUUGUUAUUUUGGUUUGGGGGGUUUGCAGCUCAACUAGUGGUAGAGCCUAUGGUGCAAUUUCAACAGCUACAAUGCAAGAGAUUGACAGAGUGAAUGAGAAGGGUCCAUACUUAGGAAUUGUAGUGCCAAAUAGCUUUGAGAUGAACCCUCUUCUCCAAUCUCCAAGUUUUGUAGCUGAUCUCGAAGUUCCUUACUUGGACUAUUUCGGAAGAAGAUUUAGGUUUGGGAAGGUAGAAAAUGAAAAGGUUAUAAUAGUUAUGACUGGAUUAAGCAUGCUGAAUGCAGGUAUCGCCACACAGUUACUGUUAAUUCUAUUUAAGGUGAAAGGUGUCCUCCACUAUGGAAUUGCAGGAAAUGCAAAUCCUCAACUCCAAAUUGGAGAUGUGACUAUCCCGCAGUACUGGGCACAUACAGGCCUUUGGAAUUGGCAGAGAUAUGGAGAUGGGCCUAAUGAAGAACUGGCCUUGGAAUCUAAUGGAGACUACACCAGGGAAAUCGGUUAUCUAAGAUUUGCCAACUACCAAAAUGCCUCAGAAAAUGGGAAGCCUGUAGAUAACUUCUUAAACAAUGUUUGGUACCAACCAGAAGAGGUAUUUCCAGCAGAUGGAAUUCCAGAAGUUAGGCAGCAUUCCUUCUGGGUUCCUGUCAACAAGCAUUACUUUAAAGUCGCAAAGAGAAUUGAGGAUAUGACGUUUCAGCGAUGUGUUAAUUCAACCUGUUUACCAAGAGCACCGAAAGCGGUGAGAGUUAAGAGUGGGGCUAGUGCAAAUGCUUUUGUUGAUAACAGUGCUUAUCGUGAAUUCCUCAACUCUAAAUUCAAUAUAACUCCAAUCGACAUGGAAAGUGCUGCAGUUGCCCUGGUUUGUCAUCAACAACAGAUUCCAUUCAUUGCAAUUAGGGCUCUGUCUGAUUUAGCAGGUGGGGGUUCUGCAGUUUCCAACGAAGCAGGCAUCUUUGCAUCCCUGGCUGCUCAAAAUGCUGUAGAUGCUUCACUUAGGUUCAUUACCUUAUUGUUUCCGUAGUGGAACUACCGAAUAAGGCACCUUCUGAUUCUGAAGAUGCUACCACAUCACUAAUUAGGAAUAAAACUCCUGUCUUCCUAAAAAUUGAACUGUACUUACUCAUAAAUAUCUUUCUUUCUUUGUAGCAUCUUUCUUAAUCAUCUUAAUAUUUUCCCCGAUUCA